AUGGUUGAGCAACUUCAUUACGACACGGGGUGCCCCGCCAUAAAGAAUAUUCGCGAUCCUCACGGCCGUGAGCAGGUUUGUGCAACCCAGGCAGCCGCCCGUGCCUGUCGACGCCUUUCCGCUUCCAGCUUUGAACAGUCUUGUUCGAGGAAAGCCUACGCCACACGAGGAGACCAUGUGCUGGGCAGCCAGAUUCUUGGACUCUGGCCAGCAAUAGCCCAAGCCAUGGCUCAACACCUGCCCACACCGGCCGGUCAGCCUCAGUCCGCCGAGGUACUAGUCGCGGUGCUAGCGCUUGUGGGAGAUGCCAUCACCAUCUCCACCACAUUUGACUUUGCAGCUCCGGCCGGCUCGACAUCAGCCGCGAAUGAUGUCUGUGAUGCACACCACGCUAUCUUUGCCAAUAGCUCGAUACGAUGUAGACAGCCAUUCUAUUGGACAAGGGCGCUGCAGACGCCGUGGAUGCGAAUAUUCUUCACGCCCAUGUGGUUCUUGUAA